AGGGCAAGUCGCUCGCCAUCUUGGAAUAUUUCUGUUUCAUUCCAGCAGAAUCGUGGUCUGCUCAAAUAAAUUUUAGGCUUUUAAAAUGAGUAACCAGGGUCUUACUCUCAAGGAACAAUAUGUGCACAAAGCCAAGCUUGCGGAGCAAGCUGAAAGGUAUGAUGAUAUGGCUACAGCCAUGAAAAAGUGUGUAACUAUUGCUUACUCUGCUGACUCUGAAGCUUCUCUCACUCUCGACAACGAGGAACGGAACCUUCUGUCUGUCGCCUACAAAAAUGUCGUUGGUGCUCGACGUUCAGCCUGGAGAGUAGUCUCAAGCAUAGAGUCAAAAACAGAAGGCAGUGAGAAAAAGCUCGAAAUGGCUAAGAAAUAUCGCGAGACUAUUGAGGAGGAGCUGAAGUCAAUAUGCAAUGACGUUUUGGUAAGUAAACCGGCUAGCCCAAAUCCCAAACAAAAUAAUUUUCCAUCCUGGAAAUAGUAAGUAAGCCUAUCCUUUAUUUGCUUUAUCUGUAUUAUCAGUCACUCUCAACUAGCUACAUUUGUACCCAAAUGAUUAUCAAACGGAAUAGAACCUUAAGUGGUUUCAGAAUUCUUGAAAAAUUCAUCUUAUAUCUUAAUCUUAGUUAAAAAUGUUAUUAAAUCACCUUAGCCUUAGAUUAGAAUACUUACAAUGUGAGUCCAAACCAUCAAGUUGGGCCAGCCUCAUAUGUAUCUUGGGUUGAUAAGAGCAGGGUAUAUGGCAUGGAAAGGUCAACAAAAAAAUAUGUAGAAUGACUGAAACGCUCUCUUAAUUAAAAUAGUGAUUAAUGGUAAGACGCCAAGUUAAUCGGUGAAUUCUCGUCCAAGCAUCCAUGUAACUUAGAUUACCCAUCCGACUAUGGUUAAAUCAUCAGAUUUGGAAUUAAAAUAUAAAUAAUGGGGACUUAGUUCUAACACUAGGGUAGUUUUGAUGACUUAAAAAUUUAAAAAGUUCUCAAAGUAAUUUUUCUCAAGGAUUGUCAAAUAAAUCCUUCAAGCAUCAGUCAUCAUCAGCUAUUCUCACAGUAGAAACAAUAUUUUAAUAGUGUGGAUAAGCUUACCUUUUUUGGCCCAUAUUCUUUACAAACUAUUAAUUUUGAUCAAUUAUAUACAGGAAUUGCUGUCCAAACAUCUGAUCCAGAAAGCCCAAGACGAUAGUGCACAUCAUGAUAGCCAUGUUUUCUACCUCAAAAUGCAGGGUGACUACUAUCGCUACUUGUCUGAGGUGUCUGUAGGAGAAGAUAGGAAUGGUGUGUAUUUAAAAUAUUUUUGUUUGAUUCAUAUUUGCUUUGCAAUAUUAGCUUUGCUAUUUUUAUAAGUUGCAUAUUCAUAUAUCAAAAAUCUUUUUACAUUUGGGUUGGUUAUAAUUUGCUUCAGAAUAUUUGAACUUGGUAAUGAGAUAUGUUUUUUAAAUACCGGUAGUAUAGAUUUCUAUUGAUGGGGAAAAAUAUACCCUAAACUUUCUUACACCCGAUGCCUUGUAAAUAUCUAUUGAAUUUUUAAAAAUUUCUUGUCAAGAAUUGUUACUAUUUUAUAAAUUUGCAUUAUAUAUCAGUAUACAUAUUUCAUUUGAAAUAUUUCAGUUAAUGUCAGCAAAUCAAAUGAGGCAUAUAAAAAAGCCACAGAAAUAGCAAAAGAAAAGAUGCAGCCAACACACCCUAUAAGACUAGGAUUGGCAUUGAACUUUUCUGUGUUUUACUAUGAGAUCAGGAAUGAACCAGAUGAAGCCUGCAGGUUGGCGAAACAAGUAAGUGAAAGAAAAAGUUUGGCUGUUUUUAAUCACUUGUUAAAUUUUUAUUCUAAAAUGGUUUUUAGAAAUUCUGUAUGGUAAAAAAAACUGUUUUAAAUUUCAGGCAUUCGAUGACGCCAUUGCCCAAUUAGAUCAGUUGAAUGAAGAAUCCUACAAAGACAGCACAUUGAUAAUGCAGCUGUUGAGGGAUAAUCUUACAGUGAGUUUGUUCUUUAAUCUCUACAAUCCAAGUAUUUUUUGCUGUUUAUUGUUUCUAAAAGGUAGCACUUAAGUUAAUUAAGGUACAGUACCAUUUCAGUUUUUAAUGAAAUCACUUUUUUUUUUAUUGGUUAAAUGAUUUUUUAAUUUGUUUUUUUUUUCUUGUUCAAUAUAGCUGUGGACAUCUGACUCACAGGCAGAAGUGGAGCAAGAGGCUGAAAACCAGUGAUAUGUAUGGCCUGAUAUCUACACAUUUCUUUUAAUUAUAAAUUCAAGCAGUUUUUCGGAAAAACAACUUUCAGUCAUUAUUCCUCAUCUUGAAGACCAUGUUCUUGACCUCAUCCCUCUCCCAUUCAUUCAUUACACCUACCUUCCCUUGCCCACCUCCCACAUCACUUGGGUUCAGUAGUCUAGAUAUCAUCGCUCACUACACAUAGAUGCAAAGCGUACAAAUUCUCACACAAUACAUUUUGUACAUUUAGUUUUUCGACCACAUUAGUACAUUUAAUUAACUGCAUUGCUGAAUGAUGGUUUUCACCCCUUUUAUAAUUAAUAAAAAUUGUGCCCCAUAAUUUCAGUAACCAAUCCUAGGCAUCAAUGGAGCUAGUUUGGGGCUUUAUGGUUUACUCUUUUUUUAAAGUUAUUAUGAUUGCUAGUCUUUACAACUGUGGCAGAUGAUGAGAAUAAAGCACUCAGCUGAUCAAACGUGUUUGUUGUCAAUGUUUUAAAGACAAAACGGUUGCAUUUAUUUUAUUUAGUUAAAAUCCAAAGGCCAGAAAUGUGUGGCUUUGUAAUUCAACUUUUCAUUUUAUCACAUCCUAAGCCUACAUCUAGCCCUCAAUACACUGGUGCCAGCAUGGUCAAACUGAACAUUUAGAAAGACUUUGACUGUUAUAGUUUUAUACUCUGUUCAUUACAUUGAGUGUUGAGCAUUUGCGUUAGAAAUUCGUAUUUUUGUUUGCACUGUGAAUGAAACAAAAGUUUGUUAUUCUGUUACUGCAAGUAUUUAACCUUGCAAUUAUAAUAGUUUUUUUUUUUUAAGUAACCUGCCUUUUUGUCAAGUGUGCCAACAUUGUUACUUAAUAUUUCUUAAUUCCAAUUAGGGAAAUGGAAAUGUAUGAUAAAAUUCUAAUCUUUCAUUUCUGUACCUUAGUUUUGGAAGUCUAAAUGGUCACAAUUAUCAAAAAGUUGUAAAAUCUGAAAAAAAUGUUGACCUUGAUUAAUCUAUGGACACUUUUCUACAUUAAAAAACAUUUAAAAAAUAUGAGAUUUUGUUAGCACUCAUAACAGGUAAAAAGAAAAAAUUGCAUUAUCAAAAGAUGAUUGGAAUUUUCAAUUUAUUAUAUUUUCAAUAUAUUAUCGAAGAAAAAUAUAGAUGAAAAUGGAUAAUUGAAGCAGACAGAAACUUCAGUAUGACAGUUCCAUUUUAUGUCUAACAGUCACGGUAGGUGUCAAGUGCUGAUUCAUCGCCGCUUCACAUAAUCAUCAUCAUACCCAUUUAUUACUUAUAACAACACUAUUAUGAUACUUUAUAUUAUCAUUAUUAUAAUGUGUAUGUCAAGUUUUACACUCUUUAUAUCUGUCUGUAUAAGGAAAUAACACAUUUUUUCUGUGAUCACAUAAUGAAUGGCUGCAUGAAUGGCUCCUUCCCUACCCCCUUCCAACAUUUUAUGUUUCCCUGAAAUUACAGACGACUACUUUGCUGGUCCUGCUUAAGCUAUUUGACUAACAUUUUUUGUUGGCAUCCAUUGAAUAAUGUGUUUGUGAAAGGAUUGAGAGAUGUUUUCUUUUAGCUGACUUGAGAUCAGUAGGUGGUUUGGUUAUUUCACUAUGUGUAAUGUUAAUCAUCCACUUCUUGUUUAAGUUUUCACAUUGCUGAUUUCUUGUUCAAAUGGUAUUCUUUGUUGUGCAUUCAGUGUUUUUAAAAAUUUUUUUUUCAAUUCAUGAUUCUAUUGUUUUUUUAAUCUUAAAAAAAAAACUUUUUAAAAGUGUCAUUUGUUCUGUAUUACCUGCAAUUUGGUUUCCAUGUGUAGGUUUCAAUAUUUUUUUCUACCUUUUCAAUAGUUGGAAUUAAGAAUUGGAGGAUGUUUUAUAUUUCAAAGUUGUAAAACAAAUUCACAAAAAUUUCCUAUAGGAUAUUAUUCGAUAUCUUAAAUUUUACAUUGCUGAGUGAAAAGCAUAAUAGUCAAUUAUUUUUUCUUUACAGUUUUUUUUCUAUUUUGGGUUCAGAUAUUUUUGAGAAAAGGGUUUUCAUCUCAGAGGCAAGCUGGAAUACUUUAAUUUUUUUUGGUUCACGUUAAGUUUCUAUGUAGUGUUUCAUUUUUAUAUCGCAAAUUUAUUUUGUCUUUGAAGCCACAGUCUUGGGAGCAUAGCUAUGUUUAAUACCUUGCUCAGAAUAUUUUAAAAUCUCACCAUGUUCCACUUAUUCAUUAUCUUGUUUAGAUGUGUACAUGUCGGUAAACGAAACCAGAUUAUGUUUAGAAAUAGUUAAUUAAAUAUUAAUCAAGUGAACACUUACGAAGCAAUUUUUUAAAAAGAGCAGUUUUAAGAAUUCUUAGCACAUACUUGUUUUCUUCCCUGUCUUGCAUUGGUAUAAAUAUGACCUAAGAAUGGUUGACGCAAGAUAUAUUUAUAUAUAGAGUGUAAAAUUUAUAAUUAUAUUCACAUAUUUAGUCACAGGAAAUAAUUUUUAAUAUACGGUAAAUUUUUUUUUUUUUUUUUUUUUUUGAAUUAAAGUUUAACUUGUUUUUUUUUUUUUCAUGAUUGCAUUCAUAUAUUGGAGGUAGAUUUAGUUUUUUUUUUUUUAUUUAAAAAAAAAAAACACGUCUGAACUCCAGGAAUGUAUAUUAUUACUCAGGCCUACGGCUCAAUUGGAUUCCAUUCUAUAGAAUUCUGAGUUGGGACUGGAAUUUCAGUACAUUUGAUGUGAAGCAAGUGUUUCCUAAAUUUGCCUCCUCACUGAUUCGGAUAUUAUAGUUGAGAUUUGAACAAACCUUUCCUGUCUGAGAUCCUUACUGUACCAUACUACUAGCCUGGGCUUUGUUUUAUAGACUACCAAAUUUAAUCCAUUUUUGCUUUUUUAAAAAGAUUAACACUUGUUUGCUCGUCUGUACCUUGUAAUACUACUUUCAACAUAGGUGUCCAGUUUAUAAAAACAACCCCAAAAAAUAUUUUUUUUCCCUUUGGUGUUGCUCAUUGUGUGUAUAUUUUUUUUUUUUGGUACUGUAUCUCAAUAUUAAUAAACCUGAAUUGGUUCUAUCAACUUUGUACGUGAAAUGUCAAAUGGAAAAAUCCAUAUGACCAAAAAUCAUAAGCUUGUUAGUUACUUUCAAUUUAGGCCACCUGAAAAAAUAAAAAUUGCGUAUGUGUAAAAAAACAAAA